AUGGCAAGUUUUUCGCCUACAUCCAGCAAACGCCCCAAAUCCGAAGCAGAAUCCGACGAAGAAAACAACAAGGAACAAGAUGAUUGCUGCGGAAUUUGCUACGUCGAACGCGGAGUUUCAAUUCCAGGUGAAAUCAAUUCCUGCAACCACUAUUUUUGCUUCGUUUGCAUCAUGGAAUGGGCCAAACACGAAUCUAGAUGCCCAAUCUGUCGCCAGAGAUUCUCCAACGUUCGUAGACUCCCUAAGCUUGGCGUCUUUUCUUCCUCACGGGACGUUAAGGUCCCUCUUCGUGACCAGGUUUGUCAUCCUCGUGGAAAUAGGACAAGUGGUCCUGUUGAUUCUAAUGCUGAACUCAAAUGUUGUAUUUGCCAUGUUGUGAAAGAUGAAAAUCUUAUAAUAAUAUGCGAUCUUUGCGAUAUGGCUUCGCAUACGUAUUGCGUUGGCCUGGGAUACACCGCUCCUGAAGGUGAUUGGUUUUGUCAUGAUUGUGCUAUUUCCCGGGAGACUAAUGCUAAUUAUGGGUUAGGCUUAGAUCAACAAACUGUUGAGUUAACAGCUGAGCCUGGUGUAACCAUCUUAGAUAUUGUGAGAGAAACAAGCAGCCAAGUGGCUAGAAGACCGAUGAUAUCUUCUAUUCGACAAAACAAUUCUUUGUCUACGGUUAAUCCUUUACCUUUAGUUGAUAUAGUGAGUAGAUCCGAAGGUAAAAAGCCUGUGACGGCCGCGCAGCGUGCACAAUGCAAUGUCCAGGCGCUUCGUGAAAAUUGGAAUUCUUUGAGAAGUGGUUCAUUGAAGUUCGAUAGAAAAUCAUUUCAAUCUGGUGGCUCGAGUAGUCAAAAACAUGAUUCUUGUUCCUUAUCACGUGGCAAAUUAGAGGGUUCACACUCGAUGGCUUCCACAGGCCGUCAACAAUCUACAGUCCAAGGUGCUCAAUUUGGUAACAUGGUGAAUGAUGGCGACUUGAAAUAUGAUGUUCACAAAGCUUGGCAAAUGAUGGAUAAAGCAAAGACGAUGAAACAGACUCCUAGGAGAACUAGCAGAAUUCCGCAGGUUGUGGAUGAUGAUCCCUCAUGUAGUGGCACUAGAGAAAAAUCAUUUGCACCUCGUAGUUGUCCAGAAUUGAAAAACCUACAGCCCAGAACAUUAGACUUUAGAUGCACCAGAAUAGAGGAGCUGUGUGGCUAUUCUAGUCUGAAAAAAAAUUUGGAAAAUCACUUAUCUCCGUUGUUGGGAGAGAAAAGGAAAAGUAGGGUUUCAUGUGAGGAGAAGAUACUGCAUUUGAGGGACCAUACUAGUACUACUCAUUCAAUAGGAUGCAAGGAACGUCUAUUGUUCGGUAAGGUCCAUACUGGUACCCACAGUGCUCCCCGUCACGAUGAAGCAAAUUCUGUGAGGGAACAAAGGCAGUCUGCUUGCUUGGUAACUUCAGUAGGUUCAGCAUCCUCUAAUAAGGAUGUGGUUAUUUUCAAUAAAGAAAAGAGAUUUGCUAAAGGCUUUGGGAAUGAGAUCACAAAAAGUACUGAAGAUGCAAAGGCCGAGAUCCAGUCUCUUGUUAAACUGAAUCUGAAGUGCUUAACUAGAGAUAAACAAUUAGGUGUCGAAACUUUCAAGUUAGUUGCGAGGCAAGCCACACAUACCAUCUUGGCUGCUUGCCAUUCCGAGCAGCACAAGUCUAAUAUAUGCUCCUUAAGCUCCGUAUGCAGCCAUACUGACCACAUUACACAGAUUCAGAAGUCCACUUUAAUGACCAAUUGUUGCCGACAAUGUUUUCAGCUCUUUGUGAACGAUAUUGUCAAAUCCAUCAUGUUGGAAAAAGUGGCUUGUUGUUCUUGA